AUGGCGUCCAUCACGACUGGAAAGACCCCAAAGCACAGAGCCUCGAGAGCAUUCGAGCGUUGCAGAGCAAGAAAAGUCCGCUGUGAUAUUGUCCAUAGAUCGGAAAGAUGCACCAAUUGUGAGCUCGACCACAUACAAUGUGUUGAGGUCCACGCGAGGCGACGAAAGCGUGGGACUGGUCGCCGUAUCAAGACGACCUCCACACCUGCUCUUGCAUAUGCUACUCCAUCGGAAGAUCUAUCAGGGUCAGGAUCAGUUCAUGACGCUCCUGAUACUCUGCCUCCCACUGCGACGGAAGCAGAAGAAGCAGCGGAUGCGUCGACCGUGGAACAGAACCAGUUUCCAGAGAUUGCUCACCAAGAAGACGGGCAUCCCCUUCCGGACUCAAAUGAAGACCUUUUUCCCGACUUUACAAUUGACCUGCUCAAAAAUGGCAACGAAACGAACCCGUUGACUCAGGCUCCAGAAACGCGGCUUCUGCCUCCAUUCAUCGCUCCCAUACGAUCGUAUCGAACAUUCCAAUAUCAUGAAUUUCUCCACGAGAAAGGGGCGUUGGCCAUACCGCCAAAGAAAAUCCGAAAUGCCAUUCUCAUGCGCUACGUUGAGUUUGCCUAUCCUCAAUUGCCCCUGGCAGACUUUCACCACGUCCUCCAAGCUGUCGCAACAGAUGGAAGAGAAGGAAAGGUGGGCCUGUUACUAUUCCAAGCCAUCAUGCUCGCGGGUUCACCAUUCGUGGAUGCCGAAUACAUCUUCGAAGCUGGCUAUCCUUCCAGAAUGGCACUCAGGCAAGAACUAGCAGAAAAAGUCAGGCUAUUAUUCGAUUUUGACUGCGAAACCGAUCGACUGAUUCUCGUUCAAUCUGCUAUUCUUAUGACCGGCUACCAGGAGCAUGGAGAUUCGCCCAAGCAUCUUCGAUAUUUCAUCGCGAUAGCCUACAAUAUCGCUCUUCUGCUGGGGUUGAACAAAGACCCAUCUUCUCUGCGUAUUCCCGCUAAACAGAAGCAUCUUCGCAAGCGAAUCUGGUGGUCUCUUUAUAUGCGCGAUCGAACUCUGUCCUUGGGCCUUCGUCAAAAUCCCGUCAUUGCAUUUGAGAAUUGCGAACUUCCCGAGCUGGAAAUUGAAGAUUUUGACGUCCAGCCAGCGUCUCCCGAGACCUGCUCCAUGCUUGAGGACUGUGGCCUUCUGCGAGACCUUGAUCAGCAAACUCGCCUGGGGGAAGUGUAUAUGGCGCAACUCGAACUCAGUCAUCACCUUGCCAACGUUCUGAAAUCGAGAUAUACGGCAAUUGCACCAAAACUCGGAAGCACGCGAUUAAUUGCACUGGUGCUCGUGCCCAAAGGACCACACGCAAGUGCAGACACAUCCGACAUUCAAACGUGCUCUGAGCGGCUCGACCAAUGGUUUCGAGAUCUUCCAGACAGUCUCAGAUAUCGAACACCGCUAUCUCUCUACUUUAGUCCAGGACAAGACAUCCUGAUUCUGCAUUGCGGUAUUCUCAACCUCUUCUACUACGCCCUGGUCUGCGCGCUUCAUCGACCCUAUCCCUCACCCAUUCUUCGCAAUCUUGCUGCGUCGGAAAUGUGUUCUCAGCGCAAAGCGAGGCACGCCGCCAAUGCCAUCUCCUCGAUCCUAGAGGAAUUUCAGAUCCAAGACCUCAUCGGCUUCAUGCCUUCUCAAGGGCUCACUUUCAUGCUUCAGGCCGCGGUGACGCAUCUGUGUGACUCGACUUCUAAAACGGCACACUUACGAAGUCAGAGCCAUCACCACCUCGAAGCGUGUCUGGAGAUUCUCGAUGCGUUGAAAGAUGUGCAUUCCUAUGCACGAUACGCCACCGAUUUUCUGACAAGCGCAGCGGCAAAACUUUAUCGGCGAUCAAGAUCGGUUGAGAGAUUUACUGUUAAUACGAAUGUAAAUGCAAAUACAGGGACUGAAGUUUCGGCUGGAAGCCUUUCUACUUCGAAAGACGGCAUACACAAUGACCAUCACAAUGAGAUGACCGCACCAGGGGGAGAGUCUUCUUUUCAUGCCUAA